UCAGCCCUUGAGUUCCUUUUGUUGGAUAGUAUGUGCGAAUGUUGGCCCUUGCCUUCUUCAAUGGCCCGACUUGUGUGUUGUUAGCAUCUCCAUUAUGAACUGAGAAGUGUGGCAACUUGGAAUAGGCUGGGGAAGUGGCUGAAGUAGAGCUCAGCUUGGGUAGUCCAAGCUCUGUUAGGUCUACAUGAGUGAAGGAGCAUCAGAGAGAACUUGCUCCUAAACAGCAAAUAGGUUUCUGUGCUGGAAGUGCAAAAUUCCAUGUGACUGCUGUUAAGCAUAAGUAUGGUUUAGUGCUUCAGGGUUUGAGGAGCAUCAAAUGCACGAAGGGGCUUGGUUUAAUAGCUGUAGGGGGAGGUUAUUCUAACUUUUCCUUGUAUGAGAGUCUGAAAUUGGAGUUAAUUGUAGUGCCAUGAUAGUUUGGUUCUGCUGUGAGGAGCUCAGCUUGACAUCAGAGGAGGAAGAGGGAAGGCUUGAGCCUGGGCGGUGAGGUUGGUUAAUACUUAAGAGCUGUUGUAAAAGGUGAAUUAAGUCAUCCUUUGACCUGUCGAGCAGUUUGAUGCAUCUUCUAGUAAACUGAUUUAUCGAGGUAAGAGUCCACUCAGUUGGUUUUAACUGUGUAAUUUGUAGCUUUAGGUUUCUGCAGCUUUAAGAAGUGGUUUUACACAACUAAACUUGACCAGGAAGCUUCUAAAGCUGUAAUUGUCCUCUUGGUGAAUCUUCAAGCUUCCGGAUGUGGGAUUGCACAGCUCAUCACUCCUAUCUGUGGGGUGAUUGCAGUCCCUAGUGCAUACAGUGUCUGAACUGAGGCCUGGGAGCAAUCCCAUCCAGGGGCUUGUGCUCCUCACCCAGCCAGAGCUGUAACCACAGUCACAGCAGUUGUACCGUGGGGCGGGCAGUGGUGGGACAAAAGUGGGCAUCAAAACUGAGGUGUUUGUGCAGUCAGAUAAGCGGGGAGCUGACGAGCUUUUCCCUGCUUGUGUUACUAACGGACCCUUUAUCAUGAACAACAACAAUUCUUCUGCAGCUAAUGGAAAUGACAUCAAAAAAUUCAAAGGUGAUAGAAGUGCUGGAGUGCCGUCCCGAGUAAUCCAUGUCCGUAAGCUCCCCAGUGAUGUCACGGAGGCAGAGGUCAUCUCCUUGGGCUUACCUUUUGGCAAGGUCACCAAUCUUCUCAUGUUGAAAGGCAAAAAUCAGGCUUUCAUAGAAAUGAACACGGAGGAGGCAGCCAACACCAUGGUGAACUACUACACCACUGUCACUCCAGUCCUCCGGAGCCAGCCCAUCUACAUUCAGUUCUCUAACCACAAGGAGCUGAAGACAGACAACUCUCCAAACCAAGCUCGUGCUCAGGCGGCUCUGCAAGCAGUGAACUUGGUGCAGCCGGGGAGCCUGCCGCUGCCGGCCGCUGCCGCAGCCGUGGAUGCGGGAAUGGCCAUGGCUGGCCAGAGCCCUGUCCUGAGGAUCAUUGUGGAGAAUCUCUUCUAUCCUGUCGCUCUGGAUGUUCUGCAUCAGAUUUUCUCCAAGUUUGGUACAGUCUUGAAAAUAAUCACAUUCACCAAGAACCACCAGUUCCAGGCCCUGUUGCAAUAUGCUGACCCAGUGAGCGCUCAGCAUGCCAAACUGUCUUUAGAUGGACAGAACAUCUACAAUGCCUGUUGCACCCUGCGCAUAGACUUCUCAAAGCUCACAAGUCUCAAUGUAAAAUACAAUAAUGAUAAGAGCAGAGAUUAUACACGACCAGACCUACCUUCUGGGGACAACCCGCCCCCUCUUGAUCAGACCAUGGCAGCUGCUUUUGGUGCCCCAGGAAUAAUCUCUCCUUCUCCAUAUGCAGGAACUGGCUUUCCUCCUGCCUUUGCAAUUCCUCAGGCUGCAGGUACUGUAUUUCGCCUGACAGUUCCAAGUGUUCAUGGAGCACUAGCUCCUUUGGCUAUCCCAGCAGCUGCAGCGGCUGCAGCAGGACGGAUUGCCAUUCCCGGCCUCAGUGGGGCAGGGAACUGUGUGCUGCUGGUUAGCAGUCUGAAUCCUGAGAGAGUUACACCCCAAUGCCUCUUUAUUCUUUUCGGAGUCUAUGGUGAUGUGCAGAGGGUGAAGAUUUUAUUUAAGAAGAAAGAGAAUGCCCUUGUUCAGAUGACUGAUGGAAACCAGGCCCAGCUUGCCAUGAGCCAUUUAAAUGGGCAGAAGCUCUAUGGGAAGCCCAUCCGUAUCACCCUGUCCAAGCACCAGACAGUCCAGCUCCCCCGUGAGGGGCAGGAAACCCACGGCCUGACAAAGGACUACGGCAAUUCUCCUCUACACCGUUUCAAGAAACCAGGCUCCAAAAACUUCCAGAACAUCUUUCCUCCUUCUGCCACUCUUCAUCUGUCCAAUAUUCCACCUUCAGUAACUGAAGAAGACCUUAAGAUGUUGUUUUCAGGCAACAGUGGGGUGGUCAAAGGAUUCAAAUUCUUCCAGAAGGACCGUAAGAUGGCUCUGAUCCAGAUGGGCUCUGUGGAAGAGGCCAUUCAGUCACUCAUUGACCUCCAUAACCAUGACCUGGGUGAGAACCAUCACCUGCGUGUGUCCUUCUCGAAGUCCACCAUCUAAAGCUUUGGAAGGCGCGAGACAAAAUGGACUUGACUUAAAACCUCUUGGGUUCAGCCUUAGGCCUUCAAAGGCUGAACACGAGGGUUUCAACUUCCAUCAUUCCAUGAAAAAAAAAAAAAGAAAAAAAAAGCCACUUUAAAAAUGCAGCUGAAGUGACCUUAAAAGACCAGAGAUUUUUAUUUUUUUAAAGAGAAAUCGGUUUACCGGUUUUAAAAACAAACCAAGUGAAAUCUUAAUUCCUCUUGCGGUGAUGGGUAACAAUCCUGACUGUUCCAAUAAAAAUCACAAGUUCAAGUUUACACUUUGGAACCUGCUCUGGGAAGUUUCCCCCUUUCCCUUCCUGUUCCUUCUCUCCUCCCUCCCCCCCAAAACGCAGAUCCUACCAUGUCGAUCAGGUUUCACAUUGAUGCCUUUUUCUAUUUUCUUUACCCAUCCAUGCCUUGAAAGACCUAAAACCACUGUGUGAAUUCACUUGAGCGCCUUUUGAGUCAGGAGUUUGCAAACCCGUGGUGUCCAGGAGCUCCCAACUCACCCAGCACAAAGCGAAGUUGCGUUGAUCCUACCUUAACUGUGCAUCUGCUGUCCUGUGCCUUAAACCUCUUCCUUCUUUGGGGAAAACAUCUGAACUGCAGGGAGUGGAUUUGGGAGAGUUGAGGGCAAAUGAGUGAGCUCUGGCUUAACGGGAUCAGCUCGUGGUGGUGGAGAGGUGAAGGUGGCAAAGUGGAUAAAGAAAAUACUGGGCUUUGACUCUUCAGGCAGUUGUGAAAUGUCUCAAUGUGCACAGUAUCAUGUGUCUCGUGCCACUUCCCACUCUGCUCGUGGUUUAUCACCAUCUGCAGACCACCGAGUGGGAGCUCUUGGAGUUCCUUUGCCCAUCACAUUGGGACUGAGCAGAAGGGGCCAGGGUGGGGAAAUGUUCCCAAACCCAACUGACAUUCCAUUGCCGAUAGCGCCGGAGGCUCCGCCUGUGUGGGAGCCUCCAUCAAGAGACAAAAUUAACCACUGCUGGACACUUGUGAAGACGAAUCAUUCUGAGUCUGUCAAAAAUUGUGUGUGUAAAUAUAUAUAUCUAAAUACUCGGCUAGGAUUUGAAGAAUUACAGGAUAUCCCACGUUUAGGAAGGUGCUCCCCUGAGUCACCUUCGUGCCCCUGAGUUGAGAUUAACAAGACCAAUGUAGCUCUGCCAUCAUUCUUAUAGCAUGUCUUCAGCAUUUGAGCUUUUUUUUUUGGGGGGGGGGAUGGGGGUUUAAUUCUUGUAUUAUACUUUUGGAUGCUGUUGCUGUCAUCUGUGCCUAUAGCAAUAUUUCCAGUUGACCAAAUAUUCUAAUCUCUUUAUAUGCAAAAGAAAUAGUUUUAAGUACCUUUUUAUAGAAUGGUAAGAUGGUAUAAACGUACUCUAAAUUUACUCCUUUGUGCUAUUACCCUGUAUUACUGUACUUUUUUCUUUCUCUCUUUGGUUUUUUGGUUUUUUUUUUUUGUUGGUAAGUGAAUCCGUAGGGCAGGAAUUUUUAGUUUCAGGCUGAGGUCAUGACUGAGGAUGAGGAAUGUUACCGAGAUCAGUGAAACACCUGAAGCAAAAAGCAGACUUCUAAAGCAAAGCGGUGGAGGUGAGAGGCACAAAGAGCUUGUGCAUGAAAGGAAAAGGACCCAGGUGAAAGUUUUACCUUUUUAACCUCUAAGCCCAGAUCUAAGUUAUAGGAAGGGAAUUUAUUAAAAGUAGAUUGCAGCAGAUUGGUUUCUUUAUUUUUUUUUUUCCCCAAUAAAAACCAUGUAUUGUUUGGUUUUCCUGGCUUAUGACUCUUUCCCGGGCCAUUCUGCCUUCUCUUUCGUGUGAUCCGAUGUUGCCUUACAUUUCCCUCUAACCUGCAACCUGUUCGGAUGCAAAAUAACCAGAAUCUUGUACUUUUUUUCAGGGUUUUUUCUGCAAAUUGUGGACCAAAGUUUGUUUUUUAAUUGUCUUAGUGUGUUGCAAGUUAGGAUUUCCUGGCUUAGUGUGGGAGCUCUUGACUUGCCUGGCACUGAGUGUUUGGAAAAGUCUUAACUUUCCGUAGUUCCUCCCUGAGCUCUUGAGGAUGUGAAUUGUACUGGAGAAGCGCGUGAGGUCUGAGUGAGGGUUCAGCUUGAGCUGCUGGCAUGGGGGUCCUGAUCCUCCUCUGGCUGCGGCGUGGAAAACCAGCUUUCCUGGAAGCAUUGCCCCAAUUGAGCCGGUGCCACUGGGUUUGGUAACCCCUAAACCUGGGCAAAGCCUCUUGCCGAAGCUCCGCACCUCCUUGCCAGCACCUCAACGUUCAGGAGGGCAAACCCAGGCGUCUGGUGGUGGUUGUCACUCCUCUCCCUCCCCAGGUGACAAACCCAUUCCCCUGCAGCCGUGGGGCUGUGGUUGGAUUCGAAAUGUGUUUGAGAAGCCUCCCCCAGGACACUGGGAAGAGGCUGCUUGGAACGAGACCUGCUCCGGGGGGGCCUUGACCGCUGCUUCGGUCACCCCACGGGCUGGAACCAAGCGCAGACAAAUGGAGGUGACCCGCGACCAGGCGCCGGUGGGUCUUUCCUUUGGAUCCCUGUGUUUGCAUGUAAAGAAUGUGAGUAACAAAAGGGUGUACAUAUUUAUAAUUUUUUUAUACCUGUUGUAAGACAUGAGGGGGCAGCAAAACCCGGUUUUUUUAUGGUGAAACAGAUGUAUUGUAUAUUUUGAUAACAGCGAUUCCAGGUUCAGUAUUGUGGAAGGUGGGGUGGGGAGGGGAAGCGUACACACCAUCAGAAUUCCAUUGCCUCUUUCAAAGAAUGUUUGUAAUGCAAAAAGAAAUGAAAUUAAAACUAUUUUAUAACAACCUUUGUACCUUUCUGUAGCUCCAUUAUUUACUGUUCAGAUUGUAGAAAGCAGUUAUUGGCCAGUCUGUACUUGUGCUUUCAAUAAAUUUCUUCUGUAUUCUUUG